GCGAUAAAGCCUUCGCCCAGUUCCUGACGGAUGAGAUCAAAGAGGAGAAGAAGAUCCAGAAGCACAAAUCUCUGCCCAAGGUCUCCGGCGGGUGGGAGCUGGACGUCCGCGGCACCGAGGCCAAGCUGGUGCGGAAGAUAGCCGGCGAGAAGAUAACAGUCACGUUCAACAUCAACAACAGCAUUCCACCCUCAGUGGAUGAAGAAACACAGGAAGAGCAGAAGCCUGAUGAGCAAGAGCCCGAUCUUACAUCAACUCCAAACUUUGUUGUGGAAGUAAUAAAAGAUGAUACAAAACAGACCCUUGUUCUUGACUGCCAUUAUCCCGAAGACGAGGUUGGACAUGAAGGAGAGGAAGAAAGUGAUAUUUUCACAAUUCGGGAGGUCAGUUUUCAGCCCACUGGUGAAUCGGAUUGGAAGGACACCAACUACACCCUUAAUACGGAUUCCCUUGACUGGGCUCUGUACGAUCAUUUAAUGGAUUUCCUGGCUGAUCGAGGAGUGGACAACACGUUUGCUGAUGAGCUAAUAGAGCUCAGCACUGCACUGGAGCACCAGGAGUACAUUAAAUUCCUUGAAGACCUUAAAAGCUUUGUCAAAUGUCAGUAGGUUAGACUAGGAAACUUAUCUCCAAGUGUGGGUAUUCCACAGCACUGCUCAGCCAGCAAUACCCAAAUACAUCUUCACAACAGAUAGGAAGAGUAAGUAACUUUGAAUUUGGAAAUGAGCAUCAUGGGAGAAUGAGGAUUCUUGCUCGGUUUUGGGGAAUUUGUAUUUAUGUUACAGCCCAGAUCAAGUUCUCUAACAUUAUGGUCUGGAAUUGCCUCACCCUACCUGGUGGUUUUUGUACAAUUAAGAAUGAAUGUAUGUGAAGAAUAAAAAUCUGUUCAAUGUAUCACUGAAAA